AUGACCGAUGCUGAGAAGAACUUUUACUUCAACUCUCCUGUUGCACCAAUUCCUCGGGCCUGCACCAACUUGAUGACUCAGCUGGAUAAUAAGAACAAGUUUCCAACUGUUCCUCUGAUUGUCACUCCACAUAUGCUAGAACAGUUCAAUACUCAGCUGCAACCUUAUCAGCUUCCAGUGGCUCCUCCUCAACCUCAACAACAACAACUGCAACAACAACAACCUCAACCUCUACAGGAUCAACCACAACCACAAAAGUCUCAAGAAGAACAAUCACCGCAUCAAUCAUCUAACCAAUCACCACAUCACUCCCCUCUUCAUCAACAACAACCUAACCCUUCAUUUGAAGAUGAACUACAAGAAUACAUAUUCUUCGAGAAUGAUCCAUCUUCCUCUGAACCACUACCACACCAACAACACUCCCAAAAUAUACCACAAACACAAUCAACCUCUCAACCACUACCAUCCGACUCUACCAUCAACCCGGAGCUGCAGUCUACAGGUAGCUCAGGUACAGCGGGAAGUGUGAAUGAAGAGAGUGAAGAAAGGCAAACACCAAGCGAUACACAUGCACGUGAGGAGAGUGAAACAACUCUUAGUGUACGUGAGUUGGUCACCUUGGAAAAGAAAGCAGAUGAGCAGCCAUCUAGUUCAUACGGAGAUGAGCUGAAUAAAGAGAUUCAUGAGUUGUCAGUCCAGAUGAGGUCCAACCAUGAACUUUAUAUGGCAAAGUUUGAUGCAAUUGACAGCACACUGGCUCAAGUGCUCACUCAUCUGCAGAACCCAAAAUCAAAUGAUCAAGAUUCCAGAGAGGAUCCCUCAACUAAGGGGGAGAAUAGAGACAAAGGUGACAGGGAUGACAGAGGAAAUAGCUCAAAUCAAAGCAACAAGGGAAAUACCUCUGGAUCUGCCCCUGACAAAGAAUCUGAAAGGUUUAAAGGAAAAGAACUGUUAUAUCAGUCCGAUAAUGUCUUCAACUCUGACAGUUAUGAUGAUUAUCCGAAUGACAUGGAUGAUGAUGACAUAUUCGAUGCUACUUACCGUCAAGUAGAAGAAGAAGGAAAAUUCGAUGAAAUCUAUUUGUUUCCGGAUGAAGAACCUGUUGACCUAGAACAUGAGGAGAAUGUUCGGAAGUUCAAAGCUGAAAAUGAAGCUAGGAAGCGUAAGCUUUAA